AUGGACGACGCGCGACGCUCGACGCGCGGUCGACCCGACGUCGAGCUCGCCGACGUCACCGCGCGCGACGACGCGUCGACGAGCGACGACGGCGCGGCGGCGUCGUCCCCGAACGCGGUCCCGAUCGCCGGGAUCAACGACGACGGGUACUUCGGCGACGCCGGUGGGACGUGGCUCCCGGACGCGAUCGUCCCGCUCGUGCUCGAGCGGCGACGCGCGGAGCUCGCGGCGGAGCUCGAUUGGCGACGUGAUCUGCGAGAGUUCGGCGCGCGGUACGGGUGGUACAUCGCGGCGUCGGUGUUCUGCGUGACGAUGCUCUUGAUCGGGGCGGAGUGGUUCGGGAGGUGGGAGAGCGGGGCGCGGAAGCCGCGGACGUAG